AUGAUCGUCGCCGCUCGAGGAUCUAGCAGCGCUACCAGCAUACCCAGGAUGGAUAAAGACGUUCGACGGAAGUGCGGAAAAGUGCGUCGUGCUCUGUUCCAUCUGCUGCUGAUAGUGGGGGACGACUACAACAGGGUGGUUUUGGAUCCUAUCGAAGGCGAGCCUGACUCCGAUUACGUUAAUGCCUCUUACGUAGAUAGUAUAUUGAAACCGAACGCUUACAUCGUGACUCAGGGACCUAUGGAGAACACCGUGACUGAAUUCUGGAGGAUGGUCUGGCAGGAGAAGGCUUGCUGCAUCGUCAUGCUGACGAAAACCUUCGAUUUCAUCAGGGUGAUGUGCGUCCAGUACUGGCCAGCGAGCAAGGACAAGGACGAAGAAUAUGGCGGUAUCGGGGUUUCCGUGAUGAAAGAGGAAGAGCUCGCCAAUUUCCACAUACGAACGAUAAGGCUUUACAAGAAGAACGACAAUGACGUGAGUGUUCUUCUUUCUCUGUACAGAACGAACUGUGUGCGUAUAAAUAAUGAUGAUUUUGAACUUUAUAAUGAUAAUUUUUCAACUUUACACGAACGUUAG